UUACGGUGGAAUGCUGUCCGUCUACAUGAGAAUCAAGUUUCCAAACAUUGUGGCUGGAGCUCUGGCUGCCAGUGCGCCCAUACUGUCCACUGCUGGGCUGGGAGACUCGAGGCAGUUUUUUAGAGACGUUACCGCUGAUUUUGAGAGUGUUGCCCCUGAAUGCAGAGAAGCUGUGAGAGGAGCGUUCCACCAGUUGAAAGAAUUAGCCGAACAGCAAGAUUACAGUCGCAUCCAGUCAGAGUUCUCUCUGUGCAAGCCUCCGUCAUCUCCUCAGGACAUCCACCAGCUCAACGGCCUGCUGAGAAACGCAUUCACUCUGAUGGCCAUGCUGGAUUACCCAUACAGCACACACUUCAUGGGCAACAUGCCCGCCAAACCCGUCAAG